AUGGCUGUAUCUCAGAAAAUAUUUAACCAAGAGUACAUUAAUAAAAUAAACAAAGACCAUAUAAAUAAAGUAAAUAACUACUCUGCCACUAAUGAACUAAUCUGGACAAAAGAAACUAAUAAAACACCACUACAAGCAAAAGGACCUAAAGCAUUCUACUUCUUUGUACAAAUAAAUGGAUUACCAUAUGAAAUAAAACUAGAUGAAGGAUCUACUAACACCACAAUGGGAAUACGACACUUUAAGGAACUAAAAACAAAAACUAAACUAAAAUACAAAUAUAAACCUGCUAUAGCUAACACAGUAGGAUCACAAGUAAAACUAUUAGGAAAAGCAACCGUUGAUAUAAAAAUAAAUAACCAUCUAUUCGAAAAUAUAAAAAUAGACAUACUCAGCAAAGACUUCGACUAUAUAAUAUUCUCUAAUAAACUCCAAAAACAACUUGGAAUAUUAAAAGACAAUGACCAAGAGCUCAUACUCAUACACAAUCAACCUAUAACAAACCAGAGGAAGCUAACCUCUAAACAAAAAUUGCCAGGUUAUAGUGUAUCUACUGCGGUUCACUCUAGCGAGAUCAUUUCAGACUUGAGCACGAGACCCGGUACACUAGUCCCUGACCUGCUUGCGAAACGUUAUUCACCCGCCGAGCAUAACGCAGUAGCGAGAAAAAGAGAGAAGGCGCCCAACCAUAGUAAAUACCUGCCGAACUCACAAGAUCUUAACUAUCAUGAAGACCGAUUACUUCAAAAAGAGAAGGCACAGUCCUUCCGAACAAAUUAUUCUCCCAAUAAUAAAGAUGAGCUCGAUCAAGUAACCAAGCAAUCUAUAGAAUUAUUUGCAAAAAUUAAGAAACAAAAACAACAUUACCACACUCCUGAAAAGAGAGAAGGCAUAAAUCACGAUUACAGCCCUAUACAAGCACUAACAACACAACCUGCACCUGAUAAUAACCUAUAUAAUAUAUUCCUUCGGCAAUGUAUAUUAAACCAAAAACGAAUGAAAUAUAUUGGAGUUACAACUGAUGGAACAGCGGAACAUAUAAUAAACGCUGUAAUAAAGACUGGAAGUAAUAUUAUACAGACAUUCAUGACCUACACACCUACUGAACAAUCAUACUCUGAUGAGAUGAUGAAAAACUGGAUAACACUAAAAGAAGGCAAACCAAACUUAACAAAUGAUUACAAACUAAUCAAAGCACUUGAAGGAUAUAAUAAUGACGUACCGCAAUUAAAAAUAGUAAUACAUGCUUCGAUGGGAUUGUCAAUAAAUGACAAUUUCCGACAGUACAAUGGAAAUAUUAACUGGAAAGUCACCAGAAUAAUACAAGAAAUAAAGCGCGCAAAACAGAUAGGAAGCAAAGUAUAUGUAUUACAUGUAGGCACCAGUAAUAAUACAGGAAACGAAUCACGUGAUAAACAACAAAUCAAACUAAACCUCGAGGAAAUACUUAAACAAACACAGGACACACAAGUAAUGGUAUUACUUGAAAAUUCGGCAUCAAACAAAUGCUAUGGAGCUCAAAUAGACGAGCUAAUAAAAAUAAAGAAAAGUAUAAAGAAAGAAUUACAAGAAUUCAAAGAUGAAAAAGGAAAUGUACAACCAAGG